AUGUUAAAAGUUGUACAUACCACGUGCAAUUUAUGCACGGCUCAUUUGCAGACUUCAUUUUUUAAUAUUAGAUAUAAAUCUCAAAUAUACGAGAGAAUUCAUUCUUGGAAAAUUCAAUUGCAACAGGCCAACAAGGCGAUUUCUAAGUCAUAUAAAAAAAUUCAAAAUAAGAAAAUCUAUCAGAAUAAGGAAAUUAUUGCCACGCUUUUAAAGAAGCAUGGUAUUGUAACGAGCGUAUCGAUAAAUGAAAAGAAAAUAUUUAAACAAUCUUCAUGGACCAUAGAAAAAAGGAUAAUGCUGUUACAAGAGCUUGGAGUUUCCAAUAUAACGCCUUUUUAUAUUAACGAACUCGAUAAAGGAAUGCGUUUGCCUAUUCAUUUAUUUAAAGCAAAUACUUUACUAAAUACUAAUACUAGAUUAUCGAAAAAUUUACUUAGUUCUAUAUCAAACACAAUGUACACGCAUAAAUAUAUAUCGGAAUCACCAAAUAUCACGAUGAAAAGACUCUAUACUAAUUGUCUAAUUCAUUAUCUAAGGCGGGAAGAACAAUUCAGUUACGAUCAAUUACGAUUUCUGCACAUCAAAGCCAAAUGGUUAGGAUAUAAUAGUUUUCGAUUAAUUAAAGAAACAAUCAAAUUUAUAAAAAAUGACUUAAAAUUUACGAAUGCACAGAUAGCAAAAAAUCAUUGCUUAUUGAAUUAUCAUCCUGAAAAAGUGAAGAUUAUUUACAAUGAAAUUUAUAAACAUUUUAAAGAAAAUUCCAAUAAAAUCAUAUUAGCACAUUCGAAACUUUUAAAUAUGGAAUUAUGCGAUCUGCAAAAAUUUAUAAGGGUCCUGCAGAAAUAUAAUAUUAAAACCGAUAAGAUUCAAACGUAUCCGUUUAUUUUGCAACAUAAUCAUAAAGAUUUAGAGCGAAAAAUCAAAACAAUAAUAAACAAUCCCUUGACAAAGGUUUAUAAGAAACAUCCAAGAUUUUUAAAUUUGGUAACACAUUAUUUCUCCGUUGUGCCACGACUUCAGUAUCUGGAAGAUAAUAAUAUACAAUUUUUCAACUUAACCGGACUUACGGAAAAAGCUGCUUUCUGUAAUCUGCUAAAGUCUAUGAAAUAUAAGCUGACAAAAAGUUGUUUAUUCUAUUUUUUAGAAAAAGAAUUUAAAUAUGAUACUGGAGCAUUAAUGGUGAUUAUACAAAAGCAUCCUUAUUGGAUGUACGUAUCGCUAGUACAAAUGUACGAAUCGCUUCAUUAUCUACGUCAAAAAUUUAGCGAUAGCAUCAUUCGUGAUCAUAUUUAUGCCAUUCUUUAUAAAAAAAAGGACAUACAAAGUGAAGUUGAAAGUCGACGACCAGAAUACAGAAAUUUAAGGAAGAACCAACAAUUGGGAGUAAUUAUAUAUAACAUUGAAAAAAAAUGUAAUUUUACGGGCGCUGUUGUUUUAUCUAUAGAUAAUGAUACAAGCUAAAAGCUAAUUUACAUAAUGUACCGGAAUAAUAUGGCUUUUAUUAUU